ACCAUGGGGGGCAAGCGCUUCGCCUACGCUGGUGUACUGCUGUGGCUGUUGCUGCCGAGUGGUGCCUGGGCUACACCGCUCGCAGGCAACCUUCCUAAAAUGUGGAAGGUUGGGGACGACGCUGUGAGCAGCGACAGCAGUGAAGUACCAGAGAAACCUAGCCGGGACUUCAUCUCCGCUGCGGAUCCGUACGCACAAGACAGCGAAGAAUUGGAGGACGCAGAUGAGCCUCCGAUUUUCUUCCAGUGGUUGCAGCCUAGCAGGAGUGAAGCUUCUGUUCAGGCGUUUAUAGAGCGCCUGCAGAACUCUGCGAAUACUGACAUAUCUGUGCGUCCACAGCCCUCAGGGAACGACUCUUCCCCUUGCAGUUGUGAACAAAGUACCGAACGGGAAGUUCCGGAGAUCGCCGAAGUGCCUGUUAAACCACUGUCAGCGUUUGCAAUAGCUACUAUUGUAAUUCCCAUUUUAAUAAUUCUCGCACUUGCUGUGUGGUAUGCCAGUAAACGCUACAUAAUUCGCUACUGGCAUGUGAUACAAGUCCUGUCACAUUUGGAGGUAACUAACGUCUUCGAACGACUUCAGAACAUGCAGGAAAUGGAACAAGGACCUGUCACUUCUUCACUCUAAGUGAUUAAAAAAGUUUUCUUUUACUUGUCAUUACCUCAUAAGAAUGCAUAAGCCGUGUGAAUUAAAAAAUAGAAAGAAUAAAUAUCGUUAUGUACUAACAUCACUGAAUAUGAUAAUAAGUGAGGUGUACUACUGCUUGUAUC